CAUGCACGUGUCGUAAACGUACGCGCAAUGGCAUCAGAGGCAAGUGACGAGACGACGAUGACACUGGAAGAAUCCAUGGCACGACGUCGUCGCCUAAAGAGAAGAGAGAGGGAGACUUCAUGGCUGGGACGAAAAUACAGAAAAAGUGAGAACACACUGCAUCAAAGGCUCAGAGAGCUUAUUACGAUCACUCAGAGGUCACCUCUCCAGGAUGCAGUCCAGCCAGCAUCGAUUCCCUUAGUUGCCUCAAGCCGGCUGUUCUCGCUGCACCCUUACCUUGGAUGUGAGUCUUCCGAUGAGGAGUGGGUGAGUAUGAUCGGCACGCCGAGGAACAUCACACGCAGCAGCGUGAGCUUCAGGAAGAGGCAGCCCCUGUUAACACCCAGAAUGAGAUCGAUCAUCCUCUACUGGUUAAUGAAGGUGUGUGAGGCAUACGCUGUUCACAGGGAGACUUUCUACCUGGCACAGGACUACUUUGACCGUUUUCUGUUGAUUGAGAGAAAUCUUAAGUUGGGUGUGCUGCAGCUCAUUGUGCUCACAUGUCUUCUUAUAGCAUCAAAGAUGGAGGAAUCUAAACCUUUAAAGAUCUUGCAUCUGUCACGUGUGGCUCAUGGGAUCUACCAUGUAGAAGAAUUCCGUCAUAUGGAGUUGGUCAUUUUGAGGACAUUGCGCUGGUACACUCGUCCUGAAACGGCUUUGACCUGGCUGAAGUUCCUCCUGCAGGUGAUCUUCAGGAAAGAAAAAGCAAACCUGCUUGAGCAGCCGUUUCCAAAAGAUACUUACAUGAGAAGUGCAAAUCUUUUAGAUCUGUGCAUCCUUGACGUGAACUCGAUGGACAUACCUUAUCACGGAUUGGCUGCCUCAGUCCUGUGUUAUUUCGUGGACCAGGGACUGGUAGAAAAAGUUGCAUGUCUGCCCAGAGAACACCUCCAGCCAUGUGUUGACUGGCUGGCCCCCUUUAUGGAUGCACUGGAAGACUUUGGCACAGUCACACAGAAAGUGUUUCCCACAGUAAGAAGAGAAGACCAAUACAACAUCCAGGCAAACUUGGACUACAUGUCCAUUUUGGAUGUUGCUCACAAGGCAAUAAAAGGCAAUUCUCCUACAAAUGAUGUGGAACCACUCAAUGCCACCUCGUACAGAGGGAGGAUCUACGUACCUGGGCAAGGACUUACGUCUUCAGAAGAUGAAGUUUAACAGAGUCUGAAGGUGCUGAUUGCAGUUCUAUCUGAAACUUUCCUCAGAUUUCCUGCAGAGAUGGCUGCAAAUGUCCAACUCAGACUGAUCUGACAGAGUUGAAUGCUGAAUCAAAAUAAAUUGUGUCGUAGUCUUAGUAUGCCAUAGUGUGAGAAUAGUUAUUGUUAGUUUAGAGUUGAAUAGUUGUCACCCCCACCCACCCCCGCAUCUUC